GUACGCACGCAUACGAUCCAACAUUUAGGAUAAGAAAGCGACAAUGAAACAGUUACUUUGCCCUCGAACAGCACGUCAUGCUCGUCUAUUCCGUCUUGUCUCAGAAAUGACUUCAGCUCCUUCGAGUGACGGUGAGAAACUUGCUUGGGUCAACUCCCAUGUAAAGCGGAAUGAAGAUAAAGAAUUAUCCAGAGAGGAAGAGGAACUACGGGAGCCACUAAUUCCACUUGAUGUUGGUGAAAACUCGAUAACUACUAACAGUCAAGCUAGUCAUGGAAACCUAUUUCAUUUUCGUGAUUAUCCGAUGUUUCCCGGCGAAUACGUCCCUUCGCAACACAACACCCUAUCAUCUUUACGUGAGAAUUUAAAAUUUGACUUGACAGCACAAUCCUUGAAAGAAGCUUGGAUGCGAGUUAGUGGAGGAAUGUUCUUUAAAUCUGUUGAUGAUUAUUAUUCUUCCGUUGACGGAUUAGACGAGGAGCAACUUGGUGAAAUCGUUUCUGCGCUUCUUCCGGAUUUGAGUUUGUACGAGUCUCGGGCUCUAGUCACGCAUAUUCUUGAGACACUAACGAAGCCAACAGACUCACCCUCACGUCAAUUAAGUCGUUCAAUUACUGCUGAUGCGGUUGGACUUGAUAACGCACCUAACCAUUAUACCAAUUUCCUCGAAUGGAUGGGCCGCAUGACAGAAACACGUGCCUUUAGGACCGAGCAUGCGCUCUUUGAAUUUAGUAGAAGAAAAUUCAAUAAAAAUGAUGUACAAAUCAUGUUUGAGAACUACAACCUUAUGAGCAAAGCCACUAUUGAAUCUGAUAGUGCAGAUAGCUACAGUCAUUUUUAUACAGUAUUAAAGGACUUUUCACGAAAGGUUGCUGGUGAGGACACGCGCCAUCAAAUAGGAGUUCGUAUUGAUGAUGAAGAAAUUGAUUUGAAAACUGGUAUAGCUGUAGGUCAUGGGCGAGCAGACGGCGAAAAAUACAUGUUCACAGCCUUGAUUCGUGAAAAUAGAGAUCACAAUGGGUGUGUAACAUUGCUAGGUAAGCCUCUUUCAAUGGUUUUUGAUAACAAAGCUUGGUUGAUGGAGAUGGUUUUAAUGCCCUUCGAUGAAGCAAAACUAGACUAUCGUGAUUUCGAUGUGAACAUUGUCUCCGAGGGAAAGGCGAUGCCUUCCUUAGCAAAUGAUAUCGCAGCAUUUGCGUGUCGGAUGGCAGUUUCAAAUGCCAUUACGAAGCUUAUCCCUUUGACACGCAUUCCUAUUAAAAAGGCAGGCCUACUUUCUGUUGACCGUCGAAGAGAACCUGGACAGUUUCCUGGUUAUGUGGAUGGUAAGAAAAACAAGCGAAAGUUCGCAAAGCGCUAACACUUGUCUUGAUAGUUGUGUUCGAUUCAGUGAACCUAA